AUUGUCCCCACCCCGCUCUCCAUGGCUAUUAAGCUUUAACCUUAAGUUUCCCUUCUUUCUCAUAAUAUAUUAUAUAUUCAUCCCUCUCUUUCACCUCAAAUCUCAUAUUUUUCUCUUAAUCCAUGGACUCCUCUUAUCAAAUUGUUGCCAAGUCCAAACACCGCAACUAUUACUCUGCUUUCCCUUCUUGUUUUCGACGCCCUAUUGAAGUGGCUGCCACCGCUCUUCCUCUGCCGCAGCCACCAGUUGCAGUAGCUACUAAUCCCAAUCUAGCCACCUCCCUCUACAACACCCACCUCGGCCUUUUUGCUUUAACUUGGUCACGCAACCUCUUCGGCAGAUCUUUUCACAUCCAUUUCCUCCUCAAUGGCCUCUCUUCUCCUCAUCUAUCCCCUUCUUUCCACCUCCACAUCAAGCCUUUUGUUUUCUGGAAGAAACACGGAUCUAAGAAGCUCGAUAACAAUGUUCACAUCUUUUGGGAUCUUUCCAAAGCUAAAUUCGGAUCUGGCCCUGAACCUCGAUCUGGAUUCUACGUCGCUGCUAUCGUUAACGGAGACAUGGUUCUUCUCGUUGGUGAUUUACCCAAAGAAGCUUAUUCAAGGACCCGAGCUCGAAAGCCAGAUAAGUAUUCGAAUUCGAACAUGGUGCUGAGAAGGGAACAUGUGUGUGGGAACAAACUGUACAUAACAAAAGCAAAGUUUGGUGGAAAAGAGAGAGAAAUCUCAAUUGAUUGCAGGAUUGGGGAAGAUCCAAGGUUGUAUUUCAGUGUGGACAACAAAAGGGCGUUGCAGAUUAAGCAUUUGAAAUGGAAAUUCAGAGGGAAUGAGAGAAUUGAAGUAGAUGGGGUUGGAGUAGUGGUGUCAUGGGAUGUGUAUAAUUGGUUGUUUGAUGAUGAUGAAGAUGGUUAUGCUUUGUUCAUGUUCAAAUUUGAGAAAUCAAGUUUGGAUGAAUUGAAUAAUGGAGUUGAGAUGUGGUCCCAACAAUCUUGUGGAUUUGGGUUUGAGACAAAGAUGAUGAAGAAAGGUGUAUUGAGAAGUUCAUCAUCUUCAUCAUCUUUGUCUUCAGCAUCUUCAAGUUGUAGUAGCUCUGUAAUGGAGUGGGCAAGCACAGAAGAAAAUGAAUUGAAGGAUCCCUCUGGAUUUUCUUUGCUGGUUUAUGCUUGGAAAACCUGAAACUAACUUUUGACCUCAUCCCAUGUACUGUAAAAUACAUACAUUAAUAGGUGUAUACAAUUUUUCCACUCUCUAACAUUGAAUUGAAUGCAACUCCUACUAUUCUAUUUU